AUGCUCUUCAGACUAUUCCCUCGUUUGCGCCUGCCCGACGCCUCGUCGCCCGUGCAGUCCCGCGAUGCAUUCAUCUAUGUGGAUCGUGGCAUGAGCGUGGUUGGCUGGAUGCCACCAAAAAAUGCCUAUGGACGUUGGAUCUAUCGCGUCUGGACAGUGUUUACGACAGUCUUUUUCAUGAUAUUGCUGGACGUCUCACUGCUGAUUAGCUACAGUGAGCUGAGCAGCUUUACGGCCGGACAGUUUCUAACCUCGCUGCAGGUGGCCUUCAAUUGCUUUGGCUCCAGCGUCAAGGCCAGCUACACCUUUGCCGGUCUCAAGCGCUUCAAGCAGGCUAAAAAGAUACUGGAUCGCUUGGACGAACGUUGCGGCAGCACGGAGGAGCGCAUCCAGCUGCAAAAGACCGCAACACGUUGCAAUCAAAUAUAUUUGGCAUACAAUACGAUGUAUCUGCUCUACUCGUGCUCCACAUUUAUCGCGAGCAUGCUUAUCGGUCGUCUGGCCUGGAAUCUCUACAACCCGCUGAUCGAUGCGGAGAAAAAUUUAAUCAGCUUUUGGCUAGCGGGAAUUGUGGAAUUUUUGUGGAUGACAGGCGCUGUGCUGCAGGAUCUGAUGGCCGACGUCUAUCCGAUUAUAUAUUUCUUAACCAUCCGAACUCACAUAACAUUCCUCAAAGAGCGACUGAGCAAGCUACGCACUGAUGGGAGCAUGACUGAGGACGAGAACUAUGUGGAGCUGAUCAAAUGCAUUGAGGAUCAUCGUUUGAUAUUGGACUACUGCAAUACCCUACGACCCGUUGUCUCCGGCACAAUUUUCGUACAGUUUCUGCUCUGCGGCGUUGUCAUGGGCCUGUCCAUGAUCAAUAUUAUAUUUUUCUCCAACUUCUGGACCGGCUUGAGCACUGCCAUAUUCAUGUGUGAUUUGGUACUGCAGACGUUUCCCUUUUGCUAUAUCUGCAAUAUGAUCUCCGACGACUGCUACGAGCUGGCCAACAGUCUCUUUCACUCCAAUUGGCUGACUGCGAAUCGUCAGUAUAAGAUCACACUUCGUUAUUUCCUACACAAUGUGCAGAAGCCGAUUAUUUUGACAGCCGGAGGCAUUUUUAUUAUAUCCAUGGGCUCGAACAUAACUGUCGCCAAAUUGGCAUUUUCUGUCGUCACCUUCGUCAAGCAAUUGAAUAUUGCCGAAAAGUUUUAUGAUUAA